AUGACUGUGAACAGUGAAUCUGGCGGGCGCAGUAUAUUGCCUGGUGGGAGUUCCAGUGCUGGCCAAGAUCUAGUCUGUAUUGUUGGAUUAGCUUGCCGUCUUCCAGGCGAGAUAGGUUCACCAUCGCAGUUAUGGGACUUCAUAAUUAAGAAUAAAUCGUCCCAGGGUGUGGUACCUGCCCAGCGCUUCAAUAUGAAGGGUUUCUAUCACCCCGACAGCAAACGGUCCGGAGUCAUGAGUGCAAACGGCGGGUACUUUAUACAGGAGGAUAUUCGCCAGUUCGACAACGCAUUUUUCAAUAUCAAUAACCUCGAAGCAACUUACAUGGACCCACAGCAGCGUCAGCUCCUGGAACAGAUCUCAGGAACCAAUACGGGUGUGUUUGUAGGGAACUUCACUCAAGACUAUCAAACAAUGCAAACAAGAGAUCCUGAUUACGGCUCAAGAUAUACUGCCACUGGAGCCGGAACGUCAAUCCUAGCAAAUCGAAUUAGUAACAUCUUCAACCUACAAGGGCCCAGUUUCACACUUGACACAGCUUGUUCUUCUUCACUGUACUGUUUCCACAGUGCAGUCAGUGCAAUCCGGUCAGGAGAUUGUGAGGAGGCAAUAGUUGCAGCUGCGAAUCUUAUAAUGUCCCCAGAGCAGCACUUAGGAACAAUGAAAGGGGGCAUUUUGUCACCAACUUCGACAUGCCAUACCUUUGACGUUGCCGCUGAUGGCUAUGGCAGAGCGGAGGGGAUUAACGCGAUAUAUCUAAAGCCACUAUCAUCUGCUCUGAGAGACGGGGAUAAGAUUUGGGCUGUUGUUCGCGGUACUGCUACUACUGCCAAUGGAAAAACAGCAGGAAUUGCCCUGCCAAGUGCAGUUGCCCAAGAAGCUACCAUACGUAAAGCAUAUGCCAAUGCUGGGUUGAGAUUCACCGACACAGAUUAUAUCGAAUGCCAUGGAACCGGAACUGCCGUAGGUGAUCCUAUCGAACUUGACGCCCUAGCGAGUUGCUUCUCGCCCAGGAUGGGAACCCCAUUAAUAAUCGGCUCAGUAAAAACAAAUUUGGGUCACAGCGAGGCUGCCAGUGGUCUUACGUCCAUCAUCAAGGUUGCUCUGGCCUUAGACAACGGCGUAAUUCCACCUACGCAUGGCGUGACCAAUCUGAACCCCAAAUUGAAACUCGAAUCGCGGAACUUUAAGGUUGCGACUGAGGUUGAAAGUUGGCCCAGUGGUGUCCGUCGUGCCAGUAUCAAUUCGUUUGGAUAUGGAGGCGCCAACGCUCACGUAGUCUUGGAGUCUGCAAACAGCUACCUGUUAAAAGCUUCGUCGCACGAAAGAAUAGGUGUCGUAGGAUGCCUAUCCCAGAGCUUUAUAUUACCUGUAUCUGCUGCAUCUGCCAUAUCGCUCGACAGGCGAAUUGAGCAAAUUAGAAGUGUCGUUGGACAGUCGGAUACAGAAACCCUCGCAAGGCUCACUUUUACCCUGACACAACGCAGGUCCCAGCUCAGGAUGAAGAGCUUCCUUAUAGCUCAUGCUCUCUUUGAUAAGAAGCUAACGGUGCAUAAGAACGACGGAAACGAAGCUGUGGAUUUUCUUCCUGCGAGCCUGCCGCCAUUUGCCUUUGUCUUCACCGGCCAAGGUGCACAAUACUCAGGAAUGGGAAGGCAGCUCCUAAAAGUGAAUAUGUCAUUUCUAAUGAGCAUACGCCAACUCGACGGAGUUCUGAAAGGGUUACCGUCCCCAUAUGCCCCUGAAUGGACCAUGGAAGGGACUCUUCUCACCUGUCACGAUGACCUGAUAAAUGAAGCUACACGAAGCCAGACGCUCUGUACAGCUAUUCAGAUUGCUUUGGUUGAUAUGUUGCGAACUUGGGGUAUAAUCGCGUCAGCUGUUGUUGGGCAUUCAUCUGGUGAGAUUGCUGCUGCCUAUGCAGCUGGUCUCCUAACGGCGUCUCAGGCUAUUGCUAUAGCUUACUUUCGCGCAAUGUUGGCUGUUGGGCUCAGUCUUGAGGCUUCUGAAAGAUUCAUCAGCACAAACAAACUUCAGGGGAAAGUAUGCGUUGCUUGUGUCAAUGCCCCUGAGAGCGUAACCUUAAAAGUUUUGAAAAGCCAAGGCGUGUUCGUUCGCAGACUGGAAACAGGAGGUCGCGCAUACCAUUCACCUAUUAUGCAGGAAGUUGGGGGAAUAUACGAACAGCUCCUCGCACAGAACCUUCCCGAAACCACGACACCUCUAUUGAGAGCCAAAAUGUAUUCUUCUGUAGGGUAUUCUGGAGAUCAGCUUCGCAUCUUUGAAACUGACGUUGCUACAACAAGUUACUGGCGGGAAAAUCUCCAAAAGCCAGUACAGUUUAGCUCUGCUCUCAGCAACCUUUCUGCCGAGGGAAACUUCCAAUUGAUCGAAAUUGGGCCGCACCCGGCACUAAAAGGUCCUAUUCAACAGAUUCGGGCAAAGCUCCAGCUAAGCGACGAACAAUUAAGUUAUACCUCGACAUUGGCCAAAGGCUCUGACGCAGACUUCUGUAUGAAGCAACUUGCUGGCACCUUGUUCCUCCGUGGUAAUCGGAUCAACUGGAAUGAGGUGAAUGAGCUGUCAACUAUAGGCCUAGGGCACAUAUUCGAUCUACCAACAUACCCUUGGGACUACGGCAAAGUUCUCUGGUACGAGUCUCGAGCCAGCGUUGAUUUAAGGAACAGGCAACAUAUCCGUCAUGAAUUAUUAGGAUCAAGACAGCUUGCCGGCAAUGGUACCGAUUGGAGUUGGCGUAACAUCCUACGCCUAGAUGAGAUGCCUUGGAUAAGAGGCCAUAAAAUCGAAAAGCAGAUCGUCUUUCCCGCUGCGGGUUAUCUUGCUGUUGCGAUUGAAGCGCUUUCUCAAAUGCUCGGUAUCAAAGGUAUUGUUCAACAUCAAACAACUGGACGACGCUUUGGGUUUGAUUUUCGGCAAGUAAAUGUCGCCGCAGCUCUCAUCUUGCCCGAAGAUGACGAUACUACAAAGGAUGAUGUCGAACUUUACACCACCAUGUCCCCACGAAGGUUGUCGACAGCAACGGCUUCAUCUACUUAUGACUAUGGAGGAACUACGAUGAUAUCGGAUACCGCAGACUUCGAAGUAUGGGCCACCGAUAAAUUUUACGAGAAGGCUAAGGAAGAGGGUCUUUCCUUCGAAGGUGACUUCAGGUCCUUAAUCAGCCUAAGCACUGAUGGCAACAGAAAAACACCGAAGAGCGUCUGCACUACUAAACUCACACCUUCCGCUGCCGAAGGGCCUAAUGCCAUUGAUUAUCCUAUUCACCCCAUUACAAUUGAUGCUUGCCUACAAGCGGCCAUAAUCGGGAGUACAGGAGGUGACGUUUCCUCUCUUCGGGCCUAUCUUUUGAGCUUCAUAUCUCAAGCCCGAGUUUGGGUGCCAGGACAUAAAAGCUUAGACUAUGAUGCCCCUAUCCACACACACUCCUGUAAGACUGGAGUCUCCACCAUGCAAAUAGACAGUACACUUAGAGAUCCUGACGGUCAACCAUUGGUUGACUUCAAGGGUGUUCGAUUGUCAUUAUAUACGUCCAGAACGACCGAUGCCUUGUCCUCAAAUGGUUCGGUCAUCCUACGACACCCGAUGCUCUGCGCUCGCUGGAAACCAGACAUUACCAGAUUGCAUUCAAAUUCCAAAAGGCAAAUCAACAAGUACAUUGCUAAUGUUGCGAGAAAUGGCUCUCUCGAUACUGUAGGAGAUGAGGCUUUUACAGCGGUCAAAGUCCUACUUGACCUUGCAGGGCAUAAGAACCCAGAUAUGCGAGUACUCAAGAUAGUUGGAGAGUGUGAAGCGGCCAGAAGACGGUUACUUGUCUUAGAAGCGGACGGUGAAUUCCCACAGUGUGAUUGUUUUCAUACCGUCUUACUCGACAAUACAGGACAAGUCCAACUGCCAGAGGACGUAGAUGGGCCAUUUGACUUGGUUCUUCUAUUAAACGUCCCUGACUUACAAAAAUAUUGGACGCAGUGCUUGGACGGGUUGCUUUCUCCUGCUCCUGGUAGUGGGAUUAUCGUAUACCAAACGUCAGAAGAGGCACUUGCUUUGUCACACACCACCUCACUUAUUGUCACCGACGUCAGCAAACAUGUUUCGCUUGCAAUGCGCCCAUAUGGAAGCAUGUCUAGGGAAGACAGAGACAUAAUUAUUGUUUUCCACAAGCCUUCUCAGUUGAUCCUCACACUGGCGGCUGCUGUUGCAGGCCAUCUACAGAGGAGCGCCGGCUUCGAGGUGAAAACGAUAUCACUUGGUCGUAUUAAUGAAGUCAAAUUCACUGAGAAGACAAUUUUCAUCUCUAUGCUAGAAGUCGAACAUGAGUUUCUUGCUAGUAUGUCAGAAGAGGACAUGCGAUCUCUUCAGAGAAUUACGACUACCGUAACAGAUAUGCUAUGGCUCAUUGGCGCCAAUAUGUUAGAGUUGCCGGACCCAAACAUGGCGCUAUGCCAUGGACUCUCUCGUACACUGAUGUUGGAACAGCCGUCCCUGCGCUUCUCGGUCCUUGACAUAGGGCCACUCAGCGACUCCUCGGCGAUGAUAGAUCUCACUUGCGAAAAUGUUACCAGAUGCUUACUGAUGAGUGAUGGCACCGAUUCCAUAGAUAGCGAGCUUGUUCAAAAGGAUGGUCUACUCCACAUAAGUCGCUUUGUUCCAGAGACGGAACUAAACACGCUGUUUAGCCACCGGUUAGGACGGUACAGCCAAGAAAAAGCUCAAUGUCCAGCAAAUGAUCUACCAAUACGGCUAUCUAUCGGUAAACCUGGACUUCUGCACACCCUCUACUACCAACAGCUGUGUGAACCGCCAAGUCCUCUUCCUGUUGGGUUUAUUGACGUUGAUGUCAAAGCCUUCAGUCUCAAUGCUAAAGACAUAUAUACAUUAUAUGGGCGUACAGAGACGAAAGAUGCAACGACAGCUUGCGAGUUCAGUGGUAUUGUGGCAGAUAUUGGACCAGGGGUCAACAACAUACAGGUCGGGGACAAAGUUGUCGUUAUGGCACCAAAUCAUUUCACAACAUUGGAACGUGUUCCAGAGUGGGCUGUCCAUAAACUUCUUCCUGGUGAGGAUCUCUCCAUCAUGGCAAGUCUCCCAGUCGUUUAUGCUACAGCGUUAUACGCCCUGGACGAUCGAGCAAGUCUCAGAUCGGGAGAGUCGAUUUUGAUACAUUCAGGUGCUGGCGCACUGGGCGUGGCUCUCAUUACCAUUGCACAGAGGAUCGGUGCCACUAUCUAUACCACUGUGAGCUCCAAAGCGAAACGGGAAUUUAUAACAUCGGAGUUUGGCAUCCCGGAUACGCACAUAUUUUCUUCGCGUGACGUGUCUUUUCUUCGAGGUAUCAAGAAAAUUACGGGCGAAGGUGUCGAUGUCGUUAUCAAUUCGCUCACUGGUGAGCUAAUGCAUGCAAGUUGGGAAUGCAUCGCACCAUUUGGAAGAUUUGUGGAAGUCGGAAAGCGUGAGAUUGUUGAUGCAGGUCAACUGAAUAUGCAUCUGUUUUUGAAGAAUUCAACGUUCACGGCGUUCGAUCUGACAGAGCUGUAUUGGCAUACAGAUGAAUUCUAUCACAGUAUUUGGAAUAGCAAGAUCAAGGAGAUAGUCAAGCUAUAUCGGUCUGGGCAAAUUAAGCCAGCGCCAAUAACGAAGUUUGAUAUUGCAGAGACUUACGAAGCCUUCCGAUACUUUUCAACAAAGGAUCGAAUAGGAAAAGUAGUCGUGUCCCUCGAAAAUCAUAACAGCAAUAUACCCAUCGUACCUGCUCCAUAUCUCACCAUUUUUGACUCGGAUAAGUCGUACCUCCUCGUGGGGUGCCUCGGAGGCCUCGGACGGAGCCUCAGUCGAUGGAUGAUAUCUCGAGGUGCACGCAAGUUCUGCUUUCUCGGAAGAUCUGGAUGCGACAAACCAAGCGCACAAGCUCAUGUAAAGCGACUUCAAGCCAUGGGCGCCUUCGUGACGGUGAUACGAGGCGAUGUCUCAAACCGAUCUGAUGUAGAUAGGGCAAUUGUGGCUUGUAAAGAGGCAGGCCCAAAUAUUGGCGGCGUUUUCCAAGCUGCUAUGGUACUACGCGAGGCGCUUUUUAGCCGGAUGAGCCAUACAGCUUGGCAAACAGCGAUCCAACCGAAGUGCCUUGGGACAUGGAAUCUGCAUCACGCCCUAGAGAAUGAAGAACUUGACUUUUUCCUAAUGCUGUCCUCCAUGUCAGGUAGUAUCGGUACCCCCACAGAGAGCAACUAUUGCGCAGCAAAUAGCUUCCUAAAUGCUUUUGCUCACUGGCGGAGGGCACAGGGGAAACCGGCCACGUCAGUUGGGCUCGGGAUGAUCUCAGAAGUGGGAUAUCUGCACGAAAAUCCAGAAAUCGAGGCCAUGCUGCUAAGAAAAGGGGUUCAACCUCUGGACGAAGCUGAAUUCCUGCAGGUCAUAGAUAUGGCUCUAUCUGGGAGAAAUGCCGAAGCCGGACCUAUAGAGCCUCAUAUUCUGACAGGAUUUGAGCCGUUCAACUUUCGUAAGUUGAUGGCCCAAGGUUUCUAUGCAAGCUUCGAGUCAAUUAAAGAUCUCCGCAUGAGCCGUCUGGCUUCGGCAAUCGCUGCCGAGACACGGAAUUCGCCAGCGUCUAUGGCCAACCAAACUGGUUCAUCAGAAAUACAAGGUGCCUCCUCGUGGUUCAAUCAGCUACCACCCAGCUUCAAACUUCCUUUCGCGCAAGAAGCUGGGACUCUCACCUUAAAAGAGGCUACUAUGCGCUUGGUGAAGAAGCGAUUCUCGAGCAUGAUUCUUGCAGCAGCUGACCAGAUUGACGACCGAAAACCCCUAUCACAGUUCGGCGUGGACAGCAUGAUGGCAGCCGAGUUGCGGUUGUGGUUCUGGAAUACCUUUCGGGUUGAUGUAUCCUUUCUCGAUCUUCUCGGUUCACAGAAAGAUAUUCGAGCUCUUGUGCAACUUGUGGAGGACAGUUUUAAUGAGAAGACUGUUUGAAAGCCGCUGCUAGGUAAUUUCCCAUUGUUGCAUAAUUGUUACCUCUCUGGUAUCUGUAUUAUGCCACCUAUCUCAUCGAACCUUUUGAUUCAUACGUCAAUUAUUAUUCUAGAACUAGAUAGAGAGAAACAUUCAUAGGACCUGCCAACCACAAUGUCGCUUCAUUCGUCAUUGGUUACAUUAGGUAUGUUUUACUCAGCCCUAGACAGCCAUCACACGGUAUAUCUGAGACACACCAAUUUGCAUACAUCGAUGGAUAAUAAAUGCUAAACUUCAAAUAAUUAGAAUAUCAUACACAUAGU